UAUUGGUUUAUUUCCAGGGGUAAUCUAAAUUUCUUCUUGUGCUCAGCGAGUUUCGAUUUUCGUUGAAUCAAAAUGAUGGCAAGUGCGCCGAGCCCCGAGGCUCUUAUGUCUACCGUUAGACAAGUAUUCAAUGACGCGGUCGAGAAAGUCAAGUCGCCACAGUCGAAACGGUUGCGCGAUCUUAUCCGACAGAUUCGUGCUGCUCGAACAGCUGCUGACGAAAGAGCCGUGGUUAACAAGGAAUGCGCUUACAUUCGUACUACCUUCAGGGAUGAGGAUUCACCGUGGCGAUGUCGCAACGUCGCCAAACUGCUGUACAUCCACAUGCUUGGGUACCAGGCGCACUUCGGUCAACUCGAAUGUUUGAAGUUAAUCGCUAGUCCUCGGUACACGGACAAACGAAUCGGGUACUUGGGAGCGAUGUUGCUUCUGGACGAAAGAUCCGACAUUCACCUCUUGAUAACGAACUCAUUGAAGAACGAUUUGAACAAUUCGACGCAGUUCAUCGUUGGUCUCGCCUUGUGCUGCUUAGGUGCCAUUGCGUCUCCGGAAAUGUCCCGGGAUUUGGCUCCUGAAGUGGAGAAGCUAAUGAAAUCCAGCAAUUCUUAUGUUCGAAAGAAAGCGGUAUUGUGCGCUUUUAGGAUGAUAUCGAAAGUUCCGGAACACUUGGAAAUGUUUCUUCCAGCGACGCGACGAUUGCUUCAGGAGAAAAACCACGGUGUGCUAAUCACCGGUGUCACGCUAGUUACAGAAAUGUGCCGACGAUGUCCGGACACACUGGAGCAUUUUCGGAAAAUGGCGCCAAAUCUUGUGCGAACUUUGAAAAACCUGAUAGUAUCCGGUUAUUCUCCUGAGCAUGAUGUGUCUGGGAUCAGUGAUCCUUUUCUUCAGGUUAAAAUACUGCAUCUUUUGCGGUUACUCGGUCGGAAGGAUAACGAGUGUAGUGAAACAAUGAAUGACAUUCUCGCUCAAGUUGCGACGAACACGGAAACGUCGAAGAAUGUGGGGAACGCGAUUCUCUACGAGACGGUUUUGACGAUUAUGGACAUCAAGUCCGAGUCUGGGCUUCGAGUUCUCGCUAUCAACAUUCUGGGGAGAUUCUUGUUGAAUAAUGACAAAAACAUUCGCUACAUUGCGUUGAACACGCUGCUGAAGAGCGUUGCUGUAGAAAACGCCGCAGUGCAGCGACAUCGCGGAACCGUGUUGGAGUGCCUGAAAGACCCAGAUCAGACGAUCCGAAGACGGGCCAUGGAACUCACCUUUGCUCUCAUCAAUAACCAGAACGUGACCAUUUUGGUGAAAGAGCUGUUGGGGUUUCUGGCGAAUGCAGAGCCGGAAUUGAAGUCCACGUGUGCAUCGAACCUUGUGGCUGUGGCGGAUCGUCACUCGCCGGAUCGGAAAUGGCACCUUGAUACCUUGUUCAAAGUGCUCGAACUGGCCGGGAAUUCGGUGCAGGACGAUGUGACUGCUAGUGUGAUUUAUCUCGUCGGGGAAUCGACUGACCAGCACGGGUAUUCAGUGAGACGCUUAUGUCGGUUGUUGGAGAACUCGACGGAGCAUCAACCUUUGGUACAAGUAGCCAUGUACUGCCUUGGCGAGUUUGGAACCCCG